AUGAUGAUAUUAAGUUUUUAAAGAAUGGUUAAUAUCAUUGAAUGGAUUUAGAGGGGUAAUUAGUAAUGAAUUGAAAAUUAGAUGAAUUUGAUCUUAUUCUCCGUCCGUUCUCAUAAUAUGAAAUAAUGAAAUAAUUAGGAGAAGGUAGUUUUGGAUGUGUAACACUAAUGAAACAUAGAAUAACAGAUGAUUUUGUAGCAAUAAAGAUUAUAAAAAUGAUAGGAAAUGCUUAGGACAUAGAAAUUCAAGUUCUUCGUUUUUUGAGUCAUAAGAAUAUAGUGAAAGUAUUUAAUUCAUAUGCAUUAAAAAAUACAGAAAUGGGGAAGUUGGUGAAUUGAGUAAUAGAUUAAGAUAGAAAGGAGGAAGAUUGUCAGAAGAAAAUGUUUGGAAUAUAUUUUAGAUAGAUAGUAUAUGCAAUAUGAUAUUGUCACAUAAAAAUUUAGUUUAUAGAGAUUUGAAAUUGUAGAAUCUGUUAUUCACUCAUUAGAUUUAGAUGAAUUAAUGUUCAACUAAUCAGAUCUGCAGGCAAAGUAACAAGAAUUAGUACAUCAGUAGAUAUAUGGUCAAUGGGAAUUAGACUGUAUAAGAUGUUAUUUGGAAAUAUUCCAUUUAACGGGAAAACUCAUUAAGAUAUAAUUAAUAAGGAAUUGAAAUUUCCAUCAAAUAAUUUGAAUGAAGUGGUUAUUAUGUUAUUAAAUCAAAAUUUAAAGAAGAAGAAUUAAUUACGAUUAAGAAUAACAAAUGUUGAAUAUCAUUCUUAAGUUAAUACAAAAUAAAGAACUCCUCAACAGAAAUAAAUGUUUCUAUAACUACCUUCAGAUGGAAAUCUUCGUAAAACUAGAGACCAUCUACUAAUCCAAGAGCAAGAAACAAAUCACCAAAUCCUUAGGGAAUUCUUAUAACAUAUUCAAAUUAUAAAUAUUCAUAAUUAAUAAAUAAAUAUAAAAAUAUUAUGUUAAAAUCAAUAACAAGAAGAAGAAAAAAAUACAUUUUCUUGGAUUUCAUUAUUGUGUUAUUUGCAUCACUCUACCUUCGAAUUAGAACUAUAGAUAUGCAGUUUUACAGUUCACUCCAACCUAAUAAUUUAUGGUGGUUGACUAUUAUAUUUGGAUUAAUGUUUGCUAAAAUAGGUAUUUAUCAAUUAAUGGAUGAAAGGUAGGUUAUGGUGUAUCUUCAUAUGUUCAAUUUUGAAUAUAUCAAGCAUCUAUUACUUAAAUAAUUCAAAGCAUGUAAUAUUUGUAUCAUGUACAUAUACAUUUACAUAUGAAUGUUUGUAUCUAUUAAUAAUUUGUCAUACCUUAAAUCUAUUUAGAGAAAAAGCAUUUCAAGGUUUGAUCAUUUGUUAUGCUAUUGGAAAGUAUACAUUUCUUUUUAUUAAGUUAUCUGGAAUUAGCUUAAGUGUUCUUCAAUUUAAACUUUUUAAAAUACUUGUUAUCCAUUCUAAUAAUCUCUUUAUUAGUCAUACGUUUAAAGUGUAGGCAAUUACCUUAAACUAAUUACUUUAUUGUAAUAAAGCAUCUAUAUACUAUGCGAAUGGCAAUUAUUUAAUCUAUUGUAUUCCUCUUUGUUAUAUUAAUUGUAAUCAACUUACAAACAUUUAUAGCAAUGGUUACCUCCUCUUUGACUAAAUACAUUGUCCUAAUUUCAUUCCCUAUAAUUUACUUAUCCUUUUUCCAAUAUUAAUCAUUAACUAAUGAAGGAAUUUUCAUCAUUAAUAUCAUUUUAAGUCUCCUCUUAUAUUUUGAUUAAUUGGUCAUAUUCUGUAUUGCUGCUGCAAUCAUACCUAUUAUUUUUGUUUUACAAUUUGCUAUACUAUUUUAUGUUUUUCGAGAAAUUGAUUCAAAAAUAUCAAGAACUCACAAAUAUUUAAAUUAUGAUGCAAUUGUUUUAAUUCAUUACAUCAUCCUUAAGAACUCUUAUGCUUACUAUGAUUCAUAUGCAUAACAUAAAAACAUCAUCUAUUUUUUGUCAGCAUUCAUCUCAUUAUUUAUAUUUAUAAGAGAUAAGAAUAUAUACAAAGCCUUCAUAAAUAAAUAAAAUUAUUAUAACAAUAAUACUUAUGAUUAAUUUGAAAGUCCAAGAAAUGAUGAUACUGUUUUUUGA